AUGAUGGGAAGGUCAUCUAGCAGUGACGAAAGUGGGCUGAAAAAGGGGCCAUGGACGCCAGAAGAGGACCAGAAACUUAUCGAUUACAUCGAGCGAAACGGGCAUGGCAGUUGGAGAGCACUGCCGGCACUUGCUGGUCUGAAUCGGUGCGGCAAAAGUUGUCGUUUGCGGUGGACGAAUUAUCUCCGACCUGAUAUCAAAAGAGGGAAUUUUACAGAAGACGAAGAGAAGCUCAUCAUCCACCUCCAUUCCCAUCUUGGAAACAAGUGGUCAGCAAUUGCAACUCAUCUUCCAGGAAGAACAGAUAACGAGAUCAAGAACUUCUGGAACACUCACCUGAAGAAAAAACUACUCCAGAUGGGAAUCGAUCCGGUCACCCACCAGCCAAGAACCGAUCAUCUCGACAUCCUUGCUCAUCUGCCACAACUUCUAGCCAUGGCUGCCAAUAACUUAGGUGCUACAAAUCUUCUGAAUCCAUCCUUCUUCGAUAUGAAUCUAACUACCCUAAUGUCGCAAUCGGAAGCCACAGAAAUCGCCAAAUUUCAGUUGCUUCAAAACAUACUUCAAGUCCUGAGUACCAACAAUACUACGACUUCGAUACCACAAAAUAUCGACCAGUUUUACGCUGUUCAGCUAUCGGAAUACCUCAAGCUAAACCCUCAACACCUGCAAAACCUUCAAGAAUUAGCCAUGAAUGAAGCUCAAACGACUUCGAGUUUACCAUCAUUUUCGGCCCACGAUUUUGUUUCACCGAGUUAUUCAAACCUAGAGUUGGAUCAUCAGGAAGGGUCAAAAGGAGUCGGUGAGCAACAUGGGAUGACCGUCGGGAAAGAAGAGUAUGGUCGUUUUGAAUCUGUUCCACCCCUGGUGCCUGCCUCGCCGGAGAAUGUUAAUGGUGGUGGCAAGGGGCGGAGCGACGGUGGUGAUACGCAUAUUGAAUUGGGAAACACUAGCCUUCUCACGAAACAAAAUGAGCAUCUCUCGUCGUCUACUUCAACUACUACUAUUGAUGCUAAUUGGCAAGAUUUCAUGGAUGAUGAAGCUACUGGUUGUUAUUGGAAAGAGAUCAUCGAGCGGACAUCUCCAUCGUGGUCAUAAAGAGGACAACAUACAGAUUUAUAUCAUACCGACAAAAAAAUGUAGGAACAUUUUGUGAAGAAGUUAAAUAAUUGGAGUGCUGGGAUUGAUUGGUUGAUUUGUUAAUGAAAAGUGUUACGAUAUUAAUGUUGUUAUUGUACAUAAGACACGACCAUACGUUCAUAGAGAUUAAAUAUAUCCCUUGAUAUGUC